ACGCUGAGAGAACUACAUGCAGGAGGCGGGGUCCAGGGCGAGGGAUCUACGCAGCUUGCGGUGGCGAAGGCGGCUUUAGUGGCAGCAUGAAGCGCACCCCGACUGCCGAGGAACGAGAGCGCGAAGCUAAGAAACUGAGGCUUCUUGAAGAGCUUGAAGACACUUGGCUUCCUUAUCUGACCCCCAAAGAUGAUGAAUUCUAUCAGCAGUGGCAGCUGAAAUAUCCUAAACUAAUUCUCCGAGAAGCCAGCAGUGUAUCUGAGGAGCUCCAUAAAGAGGUUCAAGAAGCCUUUCUCACACUGCACAAGCAUGGCUGCUUAUUUCGGGACCUGGUUAGGAUCCAAGGCAAAGAUCUGCUCACUCCGGUAUCUCGCAUCCUCAUUGGUAAUCCAGGCUGCACCUACAAGUACCUGAACACCAGGCUCUUUACGGUCCCCUGGCCAGUGAAAGGGUCUAAUAUAAAACACACCGAGGCUGAAAUAGCCGCUGCUUGUGAGACCUUCCUCAAGCUCAAUGACUACCUGCAGAUAGAAACCAUCCAGGCUUUGGAAGAACUUGCUGCCAAAGAGAAGGCUAAUGAGGAUGCUGUGCCAUUGUGUAUGUCUGCAGAUUUCCCCAGGGUUGGGAUGGGGUCAUCCUACAACGGACAAGAUGAAGUGGACAUUAAGAGCAGAGCAGCAUACAACGUAACUUUGCUGAAUUUCAUGGAUCCUCAGAAAAUGCCAUACCUGAAAGAGGAACCUUAUUUUGGCAUGGGGAAAAUGGCAGUGAGCUGGCAUCAUGAUGAAAAUCUGGUGGACAGGUCAGCGGUGGCAGUGUACAGUUAUAGCUGUGAAGGCCCUGAAGAGGAAAGUGAGGAUGACUCUCAUCUCGAAGGCAGAGAUCCUGAUAUUUGGCAUGUUGGUUUUAAGAUCUCAUGGGACAUAGAGACACCCGGUUUGGCGAUACCCCUUCACCAAGGAGACUGCUAUUUCAUGCUUGAUGAUCUCAAUGCCACCCACCAACACUGUGUUUUGGCCGGUUCACAACCUCGGUUUAGUUCCACCCACCGAGUGGCAGAGUGCUCAACAGGAACCUUGGAUUAUAUUUUACAACGCUGUCAGUUGGCUCUGCAGAAUGUCUGUGACGAUGUGGACAAUGAUGAUGUCUCUUUGAAAUCCUUUGAGCCUGCAGUUUUGAAGCAAGGAGAAGAAAUUCAUAAUGAGGUCGAGUUUGAGUGGCUGAGGCAGUUUUGGUUUCAAGGCAAUCGAUACAGAAAGUGCACUGACUGGUGGUGUCAACCCAUGGCUCAACUGGAAGCACUGUGGAAGAAGAUGGAGGGUGUGACAAAUGCUGUGCUUCAUGAAGUUAAAAGAGAGGGGCUCCCCGUGGAACAAAGGAAUGAAAUCUUGACUGCCAUCCUUGCCUCGCUCACUGCACGCCAGAACCUGAGGAGAGAAUGGCAUGCCAGAGUUGAAUGAUCCAAAGGACAUCGGGAGAAGCUGUGUGAAUGCAGGGUAAGUGUUAACAGAAGUGGGACAGAAUUUCUGAAGAUUCGCCUUUGUUUAUCCAGUCCCCUCUGCCUGAUGGACAGCUUGUUAUAGCUUUUAAAGAACUGGGCGAGCCCUCUGGUCUGACCCCUUCUUGACCUGCGUAGCCCAAAGGUCAGUCUGCAGCUAAUAAACUCUGAGGUUCUUAGGGUCUACUGUAGGAAAAGGCAGAAAAAGAGCAGCUGCAAGGACCGGGUGUCCCAGGAUAGGCUACUUUAGGGUCACUCUCUGAUAAUGAAAAUGAUUACCAAAUUAUAUGGAAGUUUAACUGCAAUCGUGAGUGAGAGGAGGGUGGGGCCCGGCGUAUUAGGUUUGAUAAAUGAACUGUGAAGAGGCCCAUCUGGCUCUCAACAUCUUUUCUCCCCCUCUUUCCCUACCAAGGGGAAACAUUUUAAAAUAACAGCAGUACAUAUAGACUCAAUGACCCAUGCAAGGAGCUGGAAUGGAUUAAGAUUUAAUGGUGACAGUGGAAGAAAUUAUCAUUUGAAAAGUGCUCCAAAGAAAAGGUACAGUUCAAUGUCCACACCCGAGUUGUCUUUCUAAUUAAAAUAUAAUAAAAAUCAGCACCUUGUUUAUUUUCUACAAAGCCCUGGCGUCUUUCCUAGAUGGCUGAAAAUUUUGAGGGUGUUGUUUAUUAUGGGGUAAUUAUUCAUAGUUUAGCUUCAGGAACGGAAUGAGCUUCCUUUGCCUUGAAGAAGUCAGAAUGAGAAUCAAAGAUUUUGUUCUGCCUGCCUGCUUCAUUUCAGUGAUGUAGGUAAAUCAAGUGUUAGAGAAAAUGCUUUUCCGAAAAAAGUGUGUCCAUGUCAGCAUCUGACCACUGAUUAUUGUGCACUCUUUAGUACUAAAUAUAUGUGUGACUCUUGAACAGAGUCUUAUUCCUACUACAACCUGGCAGUUUUUCUGUAAAUAUAAGAAGAAAGCACAUAAUGUUAACUGAGUAGUUACGUUUGGUUCUUCCUUUGUUCCUUUUUUCAAAGAAACAUCAUGGUGAUGCUAAUUAUUGCCAACAAUGGAUGGGGUCACUAUACGCUAUUCGUCUAUUUAUUUAUCGCUAAUUGAUAAGAUUAGUCUAUUUAAAGCUCUCCCCCAGUUUCUCAUGAACAUAGAGCCUUGAUUUCAGACCAGUGAUGAUGGAGGCCACGUAGCUCUGUUCUUUUGCAGAGAUGAGUGGCACAUGCCAUGAGUCCACUUUCUGAAGGGAGAAUGAUUUCAUUCAGUGAGCAUCUUUUUGUGUAUUUUGUAUACCUACUGCAUGAGAUGCUGUGCAUAAUAGAGAGUGAGCUAAGUGGCCAAUUUCAGGGUUUAUCUGGGGAUGAGAAUGUAGAAAGUUCCUAGAAAGAGGCUGUGGAAGGCAGUGGCAGGGAAAGCGGUGGAACCAUCGUUACCACAACAGAGCGGCAAGUUCUCUGACCCACUCAGGAAAGUAUUUAAUGGUAGAUGUCUUGGAAGACUAGAAUUGUUGUGUUACUGAAAACCCUUUGGCUGGGCAUGGUGGCUCACGCCUGUAAUCCCAGCACUUUGGGAGGCCGAGACGGGCGGAUCAUGAGGUCAGGAGAUGGAGACCAUCCUGGCUAACACGGUGAAACCCUGUCUCUACUAAAAAUACAAAAAAAAAAAAAGUAGCCGGGCUUGGUGGCGGGUGCCUGUAGUCCCAGCUACUCGGAAGGCUGAGGCAGGAGAAUGGCAUGAACCCAGGAGGCGGAGCUUGCAGUGAGCCGAGAUGACGCCACUGCACUCCAGCCUGGGAGCGAGACUCCGUCUCGAAAUAAAAAAAGAAAACCCUUUAUAUUGAACUAUACUGACUCGUAAUACAGGCCUCACCCAGACAAUAAUUAUGUUAAAAAAUCAAAACAGAAGGCUUCUAAACAUUAUCCAAAGUUAGCAUAUUUUUCAUCAAGGUUUUGGCUUGACUAUCUAUGUCUGGGGGCAUUUUGAGUGAGCAGAAAGCCAGGUAGAGGAUAAUUCAGGGAGAUGGCAAAUACUUUGAGAAUCGAUUGUGCUUUUUAACUUUAAAGCCAUGGCCCUAAAUUUUUGCUAAGUGAGGUGUAAAUACAAAAAGCAAACAAAAAAAAAGAGAUGAAAGCAAGGUCAUUAGGGUUUUUAAAAAAUUGAGUUACAAGUCAUAUAUAAUGUAAAAUUGCAUAUAACACAAUUUAUCAUUUUAAAGUGUACAGUUAAGUGAUUUUUUAGUAUAUGCACGAGAUUGUGCAACUGUUACCACUAUCCAAUUCCAGAGCAUCUUCCUUCCCCAAAAAUGAAACCCUGCAUCUGUUAACAGCCACCCUUCAUUCCCCCUUCUCCCCACAGUCCUGAGCAACCACCAGUCUACUUUUUAUCUCUACAGAUUUGCCUAUUUAUAACAUUUCUUAUAAAUGAAAUCAUACAAUACGUGACCUUUUAUGUCUGGCUUCUUUCAUUUGGCGUACUGAUUGUAGGAUGCAUCCAUGUUAUAGCAUAUAAGUACUUCAUUCUUUUUUACUGCUGAAUAAUAUUCCACUAUAUCGAUGUGCCACAUUUUAUUUAUCCAGUAAUCAACUGAUGGGCGUUUGGGUUGUUGGACAGUAAUCAAUUGGUGGACAUUUGGGUGGGUUGACUUUCUGGCUAUCAUGAAUAAUGCUGCUGUAAACAUUCGUGUACAAGUUUUUGAGUGACAUGUUUUCAGUUCUCUUGGGUAUAUACCUAGGAAUGGAAUUGCUGGGUCAUAUGGUAAUUCUGUGUCUAACUUUUUGAAGAACUGUCAGGCUGUUUUUCAUGUCUGUUACACCAUCUUAUGUUCCCACCAAGAAUGCACAAAGUUUCCCAUUUUUCUAUGUCCUCGUUGUUACCUGUUAUUUUCAUUUUUUUUGGACUAUAGAUAUCCUAGUGGUAUAUUAUUGUGGUUUUGAAUUGCAUUUCCCUAUUGACUAAUGGUGUCGAGCAUCUUUUCCUGUGCUUUUUGAAAACUAUUGCUUUUUCAAUCGGACAUUUUAAAACAUGGCGGACUUAAGGACUUACCCCUCUUGUUGGUGAUAAAGAGCUCACAAGCCUGUUAAGAAUAUUUGGAUUGUAGAAGGGGUGAGGUUCCAAAUGGGACUGUCAUUAAAUUGCAGCAGUGCACGUUUCCCCGUUACCAUGGUCAGGCCUGGCUCUUUAUUUAUUUGCAUGUGGCCCCACUUAUUUUUUUCUAGAGAUUACCUACUUAUUUCUCCUACCAUUCUCUUACAUUUCAUUCAACAUUGCACACUGGAUAGGAAUGUAGCCUGAUUAAAUGGAAACUCGGUACAUUUAUAGCUCUUUAGCUUUUAGGCUCAAACAGGAGUUAUUGUACUCCCAUAGGAGACAACUUCAUUUGGGUCGAAGGAGCCUUAAAAAUGGUGCUGAGAUUCAUUUCAAAUAAUGUUUAUGGAAGUUUCUUAGAAAAGCUUUUAGAACUACUUGCUUCUACUUAAAAGUGACUCUCUUAAGAUCCAGAUAACUUUAUGUAAAAAUAUCUUCCUCAUAUUGGUCUAAGUCCCCAUUUUUUUCUGGACUGGUAAAACAAUGGUCUUAUUAUUAGUCAUCUUUCUAUUCUCUGUGACCCCAGCCAUCACCACCUACCCCCAGAAUGGAUCCACUCUGGACAUCUUUGUUAAGGCUGUAAAAUCUGGUUGUUAGAACCUAGAAUGUGUAAUGAAUAGGAUUUACUAUUCCAAGUUAAUCAGCUUUAGAACUUUGAUCGGGGCUCAACAAGUAUAACACUUUGUAUAAGUUACUUAUAUGGAUCAACUAGCACACUGAGGUGUUCUCCACCGGUAUCUGUCUCCCCUUCUGCCUCCUAGCUAGUCACGGAUUAUAUGCAAAACCGACAAGUCGGCACCGUCCAGUUUAGCAAUUAACUAUUAUUUAUUGAGUGUUUAUUAGGUGCAAGUAACUGUGCUAGACACUGUGGGGAAUAUCAAGAUGAGUAUGACGUGAGUCUCAACUGUGGAAUAAUUUACUUUAAUGUGGAGGUGGUAGUUAGUAAGAAUACAAUGGCUAGCACACACCCUUUAACUCUUUUUUCUAUGAGGCACUGUGAAACCAUAAGGUAAUUUAGCAAUGGGGUCUGCCCUAAGGGAACUUAUAUUUUGAUAGAAGCUUAAAAAAUGAAGUAACCUGACAUUAAUUAUAUAUGGACUUGAUUCUGUGUUUACAUUUUUAUCUCUCCUACCAGAAUGAAAGUUUUAUGAGGAUUGGACAUUUGUUUGUUUACCAGCCAUAAAAUAUACACCUCAGGCCAGGUGCAGUGGCUCAGGCCUAUAAUCCCAACUCUUUGGGAGGCUGAGGCGGGCAGAUUGCUUGAGCUCAGGAGUUCGAGAACAGCCAGGGCAACAUGGUAAAACCCCAUCUCUGCAAAAAGUGCAAAAAACUAGCCAGGCAUGGUGGCGCACACCUGUAGUCCCAGCUACUUGGGAGGCUGAGGUGGGGGGAAGCACUUGAGCCCAGGAGGCAGAGGUUGCAGCGAGCCGAUUGCAUCACUACACUCCAGCCUGGGUGACAGAGCAAGACCCUGUUUCAAAACAAAAGAACAAAUUUGCACCCCAGAUCUUUGUAACAUUAAGCUAUCUCUUCCAUUUGAAUAAUGCCCUCUAUCAAAAGACCUCAUUGCCUGUUUACCACAUAUCCCUGGCAUCUAGAAGAAUGCCUGACACUCAGAUUUGUGAAAUACCUUUCCUCUCAAUCUAUUCCAGUGUUUGUAAGUACUUUGUCUUCUUUAUUAAUUUUGAAGAGGAAUGACCACUUGUGAUAUUGGCCUGUUGCUUUUUUUGCUCUUUUUCUCAACCUUGCCUGGUGUGGAAAUCUUGAAAUUCGAAGUCAGGAUGGAUCUCUGAUAUUGGAAGUAAGCACUGGUUAUUCAUCUAACCUUGCCAGGGGUGGAAGCCUUGAAACUGGAAGUAAGGAGAAAUCUCUACUAUGCAGUUCUCUGAUGUUUAAGCCCCAACAUGGUACCACAGGCCCUUAUUCCAGCAUGAGCAAAGAGGGAUGCCAUGUGCACAGGCUGACUCCAGUGUACUUGAGGAAGAGAACACCAUGGGUCUGGGCUAAGACCAGGACAAAAAGACAUGGUCUCCUCCCUGAGCCACCAUUCCUAAUUUGUUGACUUUCCUAGAAGUGAAAUAGAGCUGGGUGAGAAGAGGAAGAACUGGCAUGGCAAGGAAGAAGAGAGUUAUAAAGACAGCCCUGGGACAUGCCUCUGAAUAAAGGGAUGGGUUUUAGUUCACUAGGGAUAGGAACAAAGCUGAGGCUAAUAUGGCUUCCAGUCUGUAGGCAGCUGUUUUUUCCUGGUCACCUGCUAAUGUCCUGGUCUGCUUUAGUGAUAUCAGCACAGUUAUGAACUUUAGCGUUGGUGAUUCGGCAUGUGGACUAGAACUUGGAGCUGUGUUCACAAAAAGUGGAGCUCCUCACCUUGAGGAUGGGCUAUGGGAUAAUGAGACUGAUGCAGUUAUCUGCUGAGACAACCUGUGAUUGUGUCAUCGGACCACGUCAGCUGCUAUCAUUCAUGCUAAAGAGACUGGCUGCUUACUCCGGCACAGCUGGUUAGUUGGAAACUAGAAGUUGUGGCAUCUGUAGUUCGGUAGCUGUCAGUUGCUACUAGGUAAACUUGUUUGCAGUGUUGGGGUGGGCAUGAGGAAUAAAUGGAAGAGAUUCCAGGGAGAAGCAGGGAGGCACUGGCCUGCUAGUUGCCAUCCGGGUCUUUUUUAAGACAUCUGUCCCUUCGCUUUUAAUAAUUACAGUCUCUGCUUUUUGCUGCCCUUAGCAGAAGAAAGUUCUUUGUGUUUCUGAUCCAGAUUACUCCAUAAAACCUGAUAACUCCAUAAAACCUCCUCAUAAAUGUGUAGGAAUUGAAACAUUGUAUAAAUUUAGAGCAAAGAUUAAAUGAGUCUAGAGAUAGGGUUACUUUUUUCCCCCAAGAUACAGCAACUUAUCUUAAGGAGGCAAGUGUUGUUAAUGUUAUUACCAUUGUUACUGUCAUUAUUUGAACAGUUUUAUGGGGGACAAAAGCCAAUUGACUUCUGUGCAUCUUAUUUAUAAAAUCAACACAUGGGCUUUAGCAUGAACUCUGUUUCUGGCAGGUUUCUGACUGUGAUCAGUUGCUGGCUGGCUGUUUCUUAGGGGCAGUGCUUCUUAAACUUUUUGAGAAAACAUUGAUUCAUUUAUCCAACAUACAUUUAUUAAGUGUCUAUUGUUUUCUAAGCACUGUUCCAGGUUCACAGCAGUGAACAGAACUGAUGACAGUUCUUUCAUGGAGCUUAUAUUCUAGUGGAAUGACAGAUAUGAAAUCUUUUCCUAAGCGAAACUCUGAAAAUUUCUUUUAUAAAAUGUACAUAUAGUUGCUAUGCCCUGUAUGUUCACCAGCACUCAACAGUGACCAAAAUAAAGUCAUUCAGUUGAGAUAAAGAUACACAGUUCUCUUUUCUGAGCUUUGUUAUAAAGUAAUCACUUGUUGUAAAAUUUGCAUUUUAGUUGCAGUGGGUCAUAUUUGGGAAGUAGCCGUGGGAUGCCAGUUUUCUGAGGAACACCAUCCUAGGGAAUCCGUAACAUAAAUUCUCCUUCAAUUAUCCGUACCAUGGUUCCCAUUUACUUUUCCAAGACCUCUGUCACUUUAAAGGUCUUCAUUUGAAGGAAGGCUUAAAUUCAGGCCACAUUAUAUUGACAAAUCUCUCUGAAGAGAGAAUGGGCAAAGCCAUACCUAUCUCAUAGGUGUUGGGGCAUUACCUGUGAUAAUGCACUCAAGUACUUCAUAAAUGCUGGGUUUUGUUGUUGGGAGUGAUCUGUCAGUCAUGCGUUGGUUCUGCAAAUAUUUCUUAAGUGCCUACCUGGUAUGAGGAGCUAUCUUAGGUCCUGAGGUUGUAGAGAUGAGUAACAUUUGAUUAGGGGAAAUGUAUUACACAAUGUAGAAUCAUAAAUACUAUGGAAGAGAUUGAGUCAUGAUUCCAUAGAAACCCACAUCCCAGGGAAGAAGACAGGCUCUCCUUAAGUGUUCUCAUAAGACUCUCAUUAUGUGCCCAGCGACAGUGAGAAAUACUGCUCCAUUCCCCAAUUGUGUUGGCUACCAGUAGAUAGGUAGCUAUUUGUCUCAAAGCAUGAGUGAGAAAUAGGAGAGAAAUUUAUACGUGAGGAUAGGUCAUUGUAUAAAAGUUGUGCUACCUUCUUUCCAUUGUGUAAAGUUUGUGGAGGAAAAAUGGUUUUCUUUCAGAGUAAAUUUAAUUAAUAUGUUUGGGGGCAUAGAUUCUGAAUCAGAUUGCCUGGGUUUGAAUCUUGGAUCCACUUCUAUAACUCCAGGCAAGUUACAAUUGUGGAUUGUAACCAGACGAGUUACUUAACCCCUCUGAGCCUCAAUUUUCUCGUUUGUUAUUUGCCUAGGGGAUGAUAAUAAUAGAACCCAUUUCGUAGGGUUGACUAAGUGAUUAAAUGUAAAACACCCAGAGCAAGUACCUGUAACGUAUUAGGUGUUCAAUAAAAAUGACCUAUCAUGAUCUUCAGAUCAAAACAAUAAAGCCAGGAAUAAACCCAGCCACCCUUAUCCAAAUUGGCCUCUCCUUUGAGAGAAUGCCCCAUGUAGUAAAUAUCCUAGCCUCCUGGUAGGGGCCUGAUAUUGCAAAACUGGUGCAGGGAAGAACACUAGACAGAGUUGGUGUUCUGCGCUCAGUACUAUCACACAGAAUUGACACGUGGAGGGCUGGACUCCAGUUUGAAUCCCAUCAUUAGUGACUGUAGGACUCUGGGCGUGUCAUAGACACUCUGCGCCUUAGCAACUUUAUGUAAGAAAGAAGCGACUUGAUCUCGAUCACCCCAAAAGUGGGAGGCAUCUUCCAGCUCUCACAAGGAGUGGCUCCAUAUGAGAUCCCCGGGAGCAGGGAAAAGUGGAUGUUACUCCUGAUGGGUUUCACUCCUCUACUUCCACUUUCCCUGAAAUCUGCAAUUGUACUAAUUUUAACAACAAUAGCAGCUGACAUUUAUUGAGAAGUCACUGUGUUCCAGACAGAGUUUUAAAUGUUUUAUAUGAUGAGAAAACCGAGGCAUAGAGGUGCAGAGUAACUUGCCCAAGGCAACAGCUAGUAAGUAGUGAAGAUGGAAUUUAAGCCAAGACAGCCCAGGUUGGCCAAGAGCAAUAACAAAGCUUUAGUUUUUAAUCAACCACUGAUAUGAUUCACUUAGUAUUUUAGAGACCUUCUAGGAUCCUUCUCAGUGUGGAGAUAGGCAGGUAUGUAUCUUUACAUAUUUAUUUCCUCUGGUACCUAACAUGUUUUACACUUUUUAGUUGUGGGUGCAUCUCUAUAAGGAAAUAGUAUCCAGCGAAUGCAUUAUCAAUCUCCCUGCCAUGGAUCUUUUAAAGGAAAGUUAUCACCUUUAUACGCUCUGUCAUUUCUUUUAUAUUGGUUACAGUCUUUUAGAAGGUGGGAGAGUAGGGGUGAAAAUUAGAACACCAAAGUUUAGCCUCCAAGAAUCUGUAAAUCUCUGUAAAUCCUCUAAGUCAAGUAAUUUUGGGGCUGCGUUAGUCAAGGCUGAUUUCAGUAGGUGCCCUUAAGGUGAAAGGGUAGCAAUUUAUCUACUCCAUAAUGGGUUAAUCACCAGCUGUACAGUUUGUUUAUAUCUAGGAAACAAUUUACCACACAUGAAGAGUAGUAAUUUUAUUCUAUCUCAGGGGUAUCCCCAGUGUAUUUUACAAAUUUACUCUGUAAUGUUAUAGAUAAAAGUUUAACUCUGGCUUUCAGUUGAGGAAGUCAUGGUGGAGGAGGAUGGGGGAAGGGGAAGGAACAGCUCUACUGGCCUGUAGGGGACACUGUUGCAUCAUUUAUUAGAAUUUUCCAGUCUAUUGUCCCAGGACAAAAAAACAAAACCAAACAAAUCAGAAAACAACAAAAACAAAUAGUUUAAUCACCUUGAAAAUGCUUGUUAGAAUUAUUUGAAUCGUUCCAAUGUGUUUAGAAUGUUCAGGACUUCUCAGGUAUUGGUCAGACUGUUCAGUAUCCAUGCGUGAAAGAAAUAGGUUAGUGCUUCUUUCUGAGACAGGAGUGUUUGAUGGGACUCUUCUGAUUACCUUUCUCUCCAUAGUCAACUUUGGAGAGGGUGCUCAGGACGUUACCUUUUAGUUUAAUAAACCUUUAGGUUUAGUUAACCAUCUUCAUUUUUUAUUAAGAUAUGCUCAUAUUAAGUUGUUUUGCUUCCAGAAUGUAUGCUAAAUAAAUGUUGCAAUCCUUGGAAGGGCGUUUUGGAAGUUCCUAUUGUCUUCUUUUUAUCCUUAUAUUUUUUUUCACUGAAAAAGUUGCUGUUUACUGAAAAAAUGAAGUCAUAUCUACAAGGAAGACUUAUGUAGGGCCUGGUCUGAACUCCGGGAAGCAUAUGGCCAGAUGCUGUGCUAUGGCUCUCUUUCCAGACUGUUGACAGCCAUUGUAUCUGUCCAGGUACCCCAUGGCCUGGCCAGCAAAACCUCCACCCCUCUGCCCAGCUCUGGCCUCUUUCCUACCGGAAUACGGGCCUGGGAGGCAACUGCAGUGAACCCUCAGAAAGCAUAGGUUUUGCUAAGGCAGCCUGCACAGUAAUGAUAUUGUUAGCUUGCUUCAUUUCCAGUUUCACCAUCAAUUACGCCAUGUGUUUCAUCCAGUUGGUGCUACCCUCCCAGUGUUAAUUAUAACCUACAAGACUGUUACAGUUAAUUUUAUGGCAAGCAUAUUGUCUCUUCAAGGCUCCAGAGCAGCUCAUAAAUUAUCUUGAAGGUAAAAUGUAACUUGGGGAACUAGUUAUGAAAAUUCCAUCCAUCUCGCUUAGGAGCUGCAGCUGCUACUGUCAGCUGCCUUGCUGCUGCACUGCGAAGGAAUUAUGGUGGGUCAAGUUUAAGAGGGUAGGCCCAGGCUGUCACUGAGGAGAAAGGCUGUCCUGGCCCUGUCAGACAAGUACCUUCUGCCAAUCCCUGGUGGUUUCACUUUGCAGGCAGGAAGAGGCAGGCAGCGCAGGUGGAUGGUCCCCAAGCUGUCUGUAUUCAUUACUUUACAGAAACUUGUUGUAGGUAGGCAGGUCCAGAGACCUUUCCUCUUCUCUGUUGUCAUGAUGUUAGGCAUCAUCUGCAAAGUGUGAGAUAGAUAACUCUAUAACUAACUCUGGGCUUGGUUCAGGAGAGGAGGAGAAUAAGGGGGCGGAAGCUAUUAGUGGCAGCACUUCCCAGCCACCCCUUGCUGGUCUCCUACGUGGUAAUUUCUAUCUUGCAAAAGCCCCUGGCUUUAACGAGCAUUUUAUUUGUGGUGGUGAUUUUUCAUAUAAUCUGAUAAAGCGAGAUUUCACUGUGGACGAAUGUAUUCGAAAAUUGCCUACUAAAUAAAUUAACAGGUUAUCUUAUUGGGAUAAUAAACACACUCCUUUUCUAUUUCCUCACACGAAGUCUAAGCUUUACAUUUCAGCCCUCGGGGCUUUAGCAUUAUUAUUUUUAAUGACUGAACACAAGUCUUUCAUUUAGCUUGUUUGUAUAGUUACUGUAAAUGAUCUUUCUGCUGUUGGUACUUCAUUUGAAAUUCUGCAUGUUAUGCUAGCUUUAAAAGCUUUGAGGGGGCCUUGGAGAAUUGGGAAGCUGUAUUAAGCACAGCAUCUUCUAGCAGCAUUGGAAACGGGCUGUGGCAGAAAAGUCAGAGAGGGUGUGUUAAGAAAGUACGCCUGCAUCUAUAAAUCAAAGUCUGAGUUUGAGUGACGCGUACACAAACAGUGCUGGUUUCGGUGGCAGGUUGAGAACUCGCCAUUGUAAACAGAGCCAUUCCCUUAGCUGGUGAUUUCUCCUUGUGUGUUUCUGAGCACUUUUAUUGCAUUCACACAUCUACUAGUUUUUGUACGAAGAGUGUCUAAGAUCAUUACACUGCGGCUGUAUAAGAGACCUGGUUUGGAGGGAUUUGAAGGACACAUGGAAUGGUGAAUUCAUGUCCGAAGAGGCACCGGGCUUUCUGAAGGAAGUAUUCGUCUGAGCUCUUGAUGAUGGGGGCAUGAGAGUUGGAUAUUUGUGAGUUUUCUAGUGAAUGCUAGUGAACUCAGACCAGGGAUUGCAGAUUCAGAUGUCUGUAGGCCCUGGUAAUCAUGUAUGUAGAUAAAGCCAGAGAGGUGAGACACUGUUAAGUUCAAGGCAAAACACACGUGUGUGUGUAUGCCAGAAUCUGCAUAGAGUAGAACAAUGUUACAAGGUCACAGAGGCAACACCCAGAUUGUCUUCUGGUCUCCUGGCCAGCGGACAUUCACACUUUGUCUCAAGUGGGCAGCCAGGCAGCUGCUAUCCAGCCUUGCGAGGAGGCAGGAUCUAUGUUAGUAGGUCUUCCACAUUUUCAACAAAAGUGGAACAUUCAUAUUGUAUGUGUAUGCUUCCGAAGUCUCCCAGCGAUUUAAAUGUUAGCAUGAAUUCAAAUAUUUGUAACUGUUGGGCUAAUCAAAACAUGUGUGGAGCCUGGACAUUGUGGGCAGGAUUCUGCUAUAGAAUGAAAGUCCUGACUGCUUUGAAUUAAAAACCUUCUCCAUCUUCUCACACUUCUCAAGAAUAGAAGGAAUGACCCUGGCUGGGAGACCAGGACACAAUCUGUGUAUUGCCUCUGUGACCUUGUGACCUUGUAACAUUGCAUUAUUCCAUGUAGGUUCUUGCGCGUGAGUGUGUGUGUAUGUGUGUACGUGUGUGUUGCCUUGAACUUGGCACUAUUUCAUCUUUCCUUUUAUAAACAAAGUAUAUGAGAGUUUUCAAAAGUGAAUGAGGUGUAUAUGGUGCUCAUUGUCACCAUAAAAAGGUGUCCACAAAAAUGUUGGCAGUUUUGAAUUUGAUAAAGGGUUUAAUUCUCAGAAAGGAAGGACCGGGACUUCAUUGCUAGUGAACCCCCAUUUCUCCUGUUACACCCUUGAGCUCCUGCUUUAGCUCCCAGCUCCUCCAUGGGGGAACCCAGCUGUUCUUUCACUGUAGAAGCGAAGCUUGAACAAAGAUGUCAUGUGGCCAGAAUCAUCUUUUAGUCUCACCACUCCACACUGAUGGUCACAUAGAGGUGUGAGUUGGGAAGUUGUUAAAUACAAGAGGGUUUGAGCUUCUGGAGAAGAGGAAAAUGUAAAAACGUUUUUUCCUUUAAGAAAGAUAAAAAGGUAAGCCUAAACCUUGGCGGCCACCGAAGUCAGCUGUUACGCAUGUGUAGUUAAAUUUCACUGUAAAUAUUUCAUAAGGGUUCUUAGAAUGGAGCCAGGUCGACAUCACAGCCCCAACUGUACCAAAGGAACCAUUUCAUUAAAAUAAGCCAACAUUUCCAAAGAAACAUGAAUGUCUAUGGCAGAGUUAACAUAAGGUCAGAAAAUCCUCUGGAAGAAAUUUCGGUAUCAAUGUUUAUAAUCUCUGCAUUUAUGGAUUUGCAGUUUGUGCAAAAAAAACUCCCAGUGAGACUUUAUUUUGGUUAAAUAAGACUAGCUUGUGAAAUAGUCUGUAUAUCCAGAUCCAUCCUAACCCAAUGCCUUGGCAGCCUUUUGGAUAAAUAAUGUCUUUUCCAAAAUGUGUGUAUUUGGAAAAGGAAGGGGAAAAUUAAGUGGCAAACUGUGUCUCUGGGUUGCCAUAAACGAACAGAAUCCAGAAACAGAAAGCAAAGACUGACAGUUCAUUCGUUCUUUAAACAAAUUACAUAGCUGUACGUUUAUUUACUGAUGCAUGAAGGGUUGCAGUGAAGAGCAAAAUGUUUACCCUAACUACUUUCAUUUUCGUUUUUUGGCGGGGAGGGGGGGAAAGUAAAGGUUUAUUUAAACGUGUUUUUUUUUUUUUUUUUUUUUUUUUGGUGUGUAACACAAAAUCUAUAUGAGGUUUAGAGGCAUUUGGCAGGAAAAAAAAAGAUAUUCACAUUUGUAAAAAAAAAAAAAAAAAAAAACUUAAUCCAUGCUCACAGAUGGUCCUGUUCAGGUGCUAUUUUAAUUAUGAGGUAAAAAAACAGCCCCACACAGUAGGAAGUCGUCUUAAUAAAUGGACUGGAGCUUUUGUCUUCAAGCGUCAAAAAGCCUCGUUACUGAGAAAUUUAAAUACUUUGUAUUAUAGGGGAGAGUCUCAAAAUGACCAGGAUACUUGGAGAAAGCAAAAUGAUGGAUUCUUCUAAAGAUCAAAUGAGUAUACGAGAAAUGUUUUACAGUUGUAUAGCUUUGAGCUUCCUUAGUAUUGGUCAUUUUAGUGAUAUUUUUUCCAGUGAUAAAUGUCGUAGAUAUAUUCAUGCAGCCAGAGGAAAAAUAAACAGAACAAAUUGCAAAUACAUUUAAAAAAUUUUAAUCCACGUGGAAGUAUUUCUUUCCUGUUCUUAAGCGCAAAGGGCUGCUUUGCCCUUCAUGUGAGAGAGUGCCCAGAAGAACUAAUAGUAAUUCAAAUGAUGCGGUAACUUACAGCUUGCAUUAAUAACACACAAAUAGAACAGUCUUCUUACUAAAUAUUAGUAAUAUAUUAUAAUAAUGUUUUACUGUCUUUCCCAUAGUGGGGAAUUAUGAGGACCUCAUGUUAGGACCUCAGUGUCCUGACAUAGUUAAUUAUCCGUGGAUAAUGGCUUCAGCCACCAGAGUUCUCAGUGAGGCAGCUUUGUUGUUGAGGGCUUAUUAAGUGUUUGCAGACUCAGGUGCGGUGCACCUAGGCACUUUUCUACAGAAGCAAACAGCUGUGUUUGCUUUACCGUAUUAUGCAUCACAUAGAGCAUCUCAUUUAUUAUAACGAAGCUAAUGAUGCUAGUGGAAACCUUUAUGUCCCGUUCUAUAUAGUGAUAAUAUAUUUGCUGUAAAGUUGUUAGCUUGUUUUUCGUAAGUAAUUUAUCUUUUCUUAUGCCAAAUGUAUCACAUGAAAAUGGGUUAGCACAGGGUCAAAAUACAUUUAAACCAGUCUGCAGAGAUUGGAUAAGACCUUUGAAUAGAGCAUCACUUUUUUUCUUUCACAAGGACCUCACCCCGUCUCCAAGCUACCCCCCAACACAAUGCUCACAUUACUAGGAACUUAGGCUAAUAACAGGGAACUGCUUUCAGUUUUUUAGUGCUGAGAUAGGAUUCAGACCUGAAUGUGUGCUAAGCCAAGUAAGCUUAGUGACAGUCAUCCAUGUUCAGUCCCUUAACAAGGCUAUGUAUUGUCCAUGUGGAUAAUUUUGGUGGUGGGUUUCUGUCUAACCUACAGUGACUUUGAGUUUGUGCCUAGGGAGACUCUAUUGAAAUGUGCCAAGGCCUAGCUCAGAGAGUCCUGAAGUAUAGUGCGCUGUGCGUGGCACACAAGAUGAUUCUGGGAGACACUGAUGAAUACUUUUUAUUUGAAAAUUUAGAUGCUUUGCUUUUUGUGUAUAUAGGGAGACAUUUGAAAUUCACUCUCAGCAAUUUUGAAAUCAUGCACUCUAUUAUUAUUAACUGUGUUACACUGCUAUGCAAUAUAUCUCAAAAACUGAUUCCUCCUAACUGAAUAUAUUUUACGUUAGGUUAGAAAAGCAUAAUUAGAAUAUUGGAUCCAUGGUUUUCAACUAAUAUUAUUGAGGACAAGACUCAAAUCAAUCUUGUUUUUUUUUUUAAGUUGAUUUAAAGAAAAAUGCUAGAAAUGCAAUAAUGUGGGUGGUUCAUGGAUAUGGCUAAAAUCAUGAUAGUGGAUCACAUCAUCAAAGUUUAUAAAAUGCUGGCCUUAUAAACUGGAGGGGUGCAGAAACAUAUGUUUCAAUCAUAAUUAUGCUAUUGAUUAUGAAGAAGAUGAUGAUGAUCAUCAUCAUAAUAAUAAUAGCAGCUAACCUCCACUGAGUCUUUACUGUAUGCCAGGUACUAUUCUACGUGUUUUGCUCAUAUUCCUUACUUACUCCUCACACCAACCCAGUGAAGUAGUUUUGUUUUGUUUUCUUUCAUUUUAUAGUUAAGGUGACUAAGACCCAGAGAGGUUAGGGAAUUUACUCAGGAUAGCACAGGUUGUCAGUGGUCAAGCCAGGAUUUGAGCCCAGGCAGUCAGCUUCUGGUGUCUUCUUCUUAAUCCACUUUCUUUUUCUGUAUUGUGAUAGAUUAAGAAAUAUUAUUCUCUCUCUGUUCUCUAAAGAAGAAAGGUGGAGAAGCAACAUGGAAACAUGCAACAUAGCAUAUGAUAAUGCCAUGAUUAUCCAUGUUUUCUGAAGCGCUCUAACCUGUGCAGCUGACUGGACCCUGCUGAGCCUUUGGCUUCCUUAUGUAGCAUCCUGGACGUGUACUAGAGCAGAUGACAAGGGUCAGUGGAGCAAAAAAAAUCUUUGGCAACUUCCCAUAUUUUCGUACUUAGAAAAGUAUCAUAAUUCUUCUCCCCAGUCACUUUAAAUAUAUGCAAGCAAUAUCUAAUCUUGUGGGAAACUGAAAGUGAAACUCUCUAGCAAAGAGCAUGGUUAUAUUCCGAGACAGAAGAGACAGAGUUAACCUAUGAAAAUUAACCUUGACUGUUAACAAAUGUGCUGAAGUGGGUGGAAGAAUACAGCCCACAAGACUGAGAUGUAGGUGGGAAUUGGAUCUGCCAGGUCCCAGAGCUAGACCUAAUGCACAUGUUUGAAGUUCUUCUGUGACUCUCGAUUAACCUUGAUUUAAAGUUCCAGAAAAAUGCUCAGGCAGGUGAGAAUUCUCAUACUGUCUUUCUCAUUUGAUAUUUUUCUGAGCCAAAGUGCCUACUUUUUUUGAGCGGUAUUAAUGACUAGUUACAUUGCACAAGGAAACUUGACUUGGGUGAGGUGUUAAACUAUGGAGAAAUGGAUAAUUGGGAAACUUAGAAAACCCGUCCAAUGAACGUUUCCAAGUCACCCUCCCCACGGGCCCAGAGUCAUCAUGAACAAUUACUUGAGAAUUGUGAAGGGCUCAAAGAGGAAAACUGCAGAACAAAAUGGGUUGAAAGAAUUUAUACUUUUGUCAUUUCGACUUGAAGCCAGGGGCUAAAACUCAUGUCUUACACCAUUGUAAUCUACAACCAUUUAAUUUGCUAACAAGACUUAACUGAUCAGGAUCUGCAACCUCCUUCUCCAGUAUAAUCAAAACAAGAAGCAUUUGGCUCUGGAAAGUAAACGUUGUCUAUCUUUUAUUGUCUGGCCCCACCAUUUUCUUUCUGGCAGGCUGAGAUGAAACAGAAAGCUGAUAUUUGGAGCCACUGGAAUUGUAGGCCUUGUAAUUUAGAAAUAUCCAUUUUAUCCCGUGUAAUUUCUUCCCUAAGAUUCCUCAGUCUAAAUCUGAUACAGGUAGGAGCCAAGACAAACAGUAACCAUUUAUAGUCACCCAGACCAGUUUGAAUUUCACUCUAAUGUAAAGCAAAAAGAGUUUCUGGCUUCAUUUCAGGUGUGUAACAGGGGUAGAAAAUGCAUUUAAAAUUUAGCAGCAAAUGUUACCAUAUGUUUCCAUAACAACUGCAAACUUUUAUGUUAGAAAAGCAAUAAUAUAAACACGUAGGAAUCUUGGAACAGCAAACUAUUAAUUUACCAAAUAUAAAAAAAUCCAGCAUGAAGGGGCUUUUAUAGCCACAGAAGCCAUGAGGGGCCCAGCAUCCUGUGAAUUUCUCCAUUAUGUGGCAGAAAAUGCUGCUGGUUCAUUUAAAUGAGCAAAUCUUUUAAAAUUAUAGGUACAGUGUCCGUUCUCCACAGUGCAUUUUUGUGAAACAAUGUGUGGUGAUGCCAGCUAUGGCUGAAUUCUUCUUACCAUAUUGAACUAGUAAAAUACCCUUCAGAAGCUACUCCCAAUGUAUAUCUGUAAAACAACAGCAUUUUCUCCCUUCACUCAUAGCUUCAAACUUAAUGACGAAGGCUAGGGUCCUGCAGAAAGUGUAGUGCCCGGUAGUUGGCCCUAGUGCUUGGCAAGGAGUAGAUGUUCAUAGAUUGUUGAUAGAUAUGAACAAGGUUCUCAGUUUUCUCACCUACCCUUUUUGAAAUAUAAAAAGACAAGGGGAAAAGGGGAAAGGUGGAUCUAUUUAACCACAUCUCAAGAAUGAGGAGUUAGUAAGAGUUGUUGAAAUCAAAUUCUCUGUUCUUUGAUUUCCCUGUGGAACAAAUAAAUAAUCUUCUUUUAACAUGGCUACCUGUAGAUGGGCCUUUCAUUUAAAAGGAGGCAGAACUUUUUUUUCCCUAAACCUACCUCAGAGGGUACAUAGGGUUUUGAAUCUUUACUACAAUAAAACCGACAAUGUUACCUUGUCAUUUAAGGCAGAUGGCGUACCUUGACUAUUCCUGAAACUUGGGUUCAUGAUGUCACUAUCAUUAAAGAUAUACCAAUCAAUGAAGGGUAAGUAAAGUCAAAGAGAAAAGAAGUUCAAAGGGAAGUGGCUGACAUAAAACUUAGGUGCAGAACUCUGGGGGCACAGGGGAUGCAUUCAGGAAGGGUGCUGGUGUGGCUACAGGGUAGAGAGAAGGGUGAAAUCUUCAAAACUUUAGAAGGCAGAGUAAAGAGACAAGGGUUUCAGCUGUGGCAGGGUUUUCACCUUGGCCUCUCUUUAGCCUUCACAAUAGAGCCCAUGGGCUGUUGAGCCGGAAGUGGUGCAGCAGGGGCAUUGGUUAAGAAGGCUCACAUCGUUAGUGGGCCAAAGGAGAUGGACGCUAAUGUUUAAGGAGCCUGAAUGGAUCUGAGAAAACGUGGCCAAGCAGAAGCAAGAGUGAGUGGCAUGAUUUAGAGUAGCAGAGGUGGGACUGGCAAAAGAAGAGCUGCUUUGUGAAGACCUGAUUCAUUCCCAACUCUUUGGUGGACCUCUAUUUUUAGAGCAGAAACCUAAUUUCACCCAAGUUACCACCGUCUCUAAUUAGACCAGUAAGAAAGUUUCUCGUGUUUCUGUCAGUGCUUGACCAGUUCUGGAGUGUUUUAUCCCAUAAAGCAUUCUUUAAGCAUUAGUACCAUUGGAGUCUAGCGUUGACCAUAUGGGUCCUUAAUUUGUGUCUGAGUAUCCAGUUGCAUGAAGAUGGAUGGUUAAGAAAAAAACCAAGAGCUAUUCAUUUAUUCCACAAAUAUUUAUUGAACACCUAACAGUGUCCCUGGAACUGGGUAUACAAGAGUGAACAAAAAAACCACAACCUGUUUCUUGUGCUGCUAGAGCUUACAGUCUAGGGGCAGGAGGCUGACUAAAAAUAAGCAAGCAAGUAAAAAAGAGGAUGUCAGAUAACGACAUGCACUAUGGAGAAAGACAACAGGUAGGCAAUUGGGGAGGGGAAUGGAACUUUUUAGGGAAGCCUCAUUUAAGCUGAGAUGAGGGGGAAGAGAAGGAACCAGUCAAUAUGACAGAGGGAGAAGUAAGUGAGAUGGGAUGAGAGAGGAGGGAGGGGUCACAUUUUAGGGUUGGAGUAAAGACUUCAUCAUGGAGUUUGCUGACAGAUGAAACAUAAAUCCAAAUUCUAUUUACAAAGUAUACGGAAAGUUUCCACUGUGUGGCCAGUGCUGUGUUAGGUGCUGUGGAAAACACAGUUCCUCUAAUCAAGGUUAAAGUUUAGUUGUUGGGAAAGAGACAUAAUUGAUUGUGAGAUAAAUGCCAAAUUAAAUAACAUUGACCAUAAGUACAUCAUGAGCUCUUUGAAAUAAGUAGUCAGUGUGAGUUGGGGAAGUCUUUAUGGAAAGAAAGAGGGCAUCAAAAUUGGAGCUCAAAACUAUUGAGGCUGGGCGUGAUGGCUCAUGCUUGUAAUCCCAGGACUUUGGAAGGCCAAGGUGGGAGGAUUGCUUGAAGCCAGGAGUUUGAGACCGGUCUGGGCAACAUAGCCAGAUCCCAUCUCUACAAAAAAAUUUUUAAAUAAAAAUUGAAAAAAAAAUCUAUUUUGCACCUCCUAUGUGUUGAUGGUUUGUGUGUAUCUUUAAAUUUUUUCCUUGUAGUAAUCAUACAGAGGUGAGUGGUUUCAUCCCCAUGUUAUAGAUGAUGAAACUGAAUUCAGAGAAAGUUAAAGAUAACUACUGACAAAACUUCAGCUCAAACCAUUUAACAUCUGAGAACCUAAAAAUCACUGACCACUAAUUAAAAACAUGACGGGCUUUGAGCAUCCCUGUGAUAUUUCUCUCCCUGUCUCUUUCUCUGUUUUGCCAUUGAUAUGCUAAAUGUCAGAACCAAGAGGAUCUGUGUGCUUGUUUUUAGGGCUGUGGGGAGGAAAGAGUGCUCUGGGGAGUGGAUGGUCUAUUAUGAAGCCUGUCUUUGGGAGAAAAUUCUCCAAAUCGAGCAGGUAGUGGCAGCUACUAAGUGAUGAAGAAAGCAGAUCUAGUCACUGGAGGAGAAGAGGAAAAUUAGUGGAAGAAGUAGGUACUUCUUCCUUACCUUGUAAGGUUCAGGAGACCAUCAGGAUGAAAAGAUCAUGAAGACUAUUGCAAUUAGAACACAUCUCACCGGUGUAUUUCCCACAGACAAGCAGAAAUGCUAUAAAAGGAGGCAUAAUACAGUCAUGAAACAUCUAAAUUUUCCUCUUUGUUUUUUUUUUUUUCUUUUUUUUUUUUUAGAUGGAGUUUCAUUCUCGUUGCCCAGGCUGGAGUGCAAUGGCACAAUCUUGGCUCACUGCAACCUCCACCUCCCGGGUUCAAGCGAUUCUCCUGCCUCAGCCUCCCAGGUAGCUGGGAUUACAGGCGUGUGCCACCACGCCAGGCUAAUUUUUUUAAUUUUUAGUAGAGACGGGGUUUCUCCAUGUUGGUCAGGCUGGUCUCAAACUCCCGACGUCAGGUGAUCCGCCCACCUCGGCCUCCCAAAGUGCUGGGAUUACAGGCGUGAACCACCGCACCUGGUCCCACUUUGGUUUUAGAACUAAGACAACCCUAUUUAAAAUGUAUUUCUAUAAUACGUAGAUGUUUGCUUCAGGGAUCCUUUCCUUGGAUUAUCUUUUUAAGGGUUGGCCUGGGCAUAGAUAGGUCAACUUUAAGAUGACCUUUUUUCAAUCGAGGGCAUAUCCCAAUAAAAUUUUCUUAUCCCCUGGCUUCCCCGGGGCUGGCAUUUCUGACAGACGUGUAAACAGAUGCAAGCAUUGUUGCUAAUGACAGGUGAUUAUAAGAGGCAUGGAGGCCAAGGUAAUUAAACCACGAUUUGACAGGGACAUUUGGCAAUGUGAUUUUUCAGCAUUAGAACUCUCUUUGCAACGCACUUCCUCCACUUGGCUUGGUGAAUAUAAUUCAUUUUUAUUCUUCAGAGUGUGUUGCUUUGAGAUCUGAAACUGUCCUCUCUGAAUUUCUUCAUGGUUCAUUGUAGAACGCUAGAAAAUGAUUACCAUUGGACGUUGUGGGAAUCUAGUCAGUAUCUAAGACCCUAUCCAAGGUUCGUCCAGUAGUAGUGGAAUAGGGUCUGUGACCCUACUGCUGGCAUUGUAUUUGAAUAUUAUUGUGCCCUAUGUGAUAGUGAUGGUGCCUUUGGAGAGAAACAUGAGUUAUUUUCAUACCACUCUAAUUUCAGUUUCUCUGUUACCUGGAUUUACUUGACGUUGCUCUCAUGAAUCAAAAGAUAGCUUAUUCAACUCUCUUCUUCCCUAAAUUUCCACUACUGGCAGUAGGAGAAAUCUCAAAUUAUCAGUAACCUGGUAUUAGGAGGAAUGAUAGUAGAAAUGAUCAUCAAGACAUGGAAUUUAUUUAUUCAUUGGAGUUGAAUGUAAUUUUUUUAAAGUACCUUCUUUUUGCUAUCAGUAACGAUGCCUCUUUAGGCAUUUAGAGACCACUUCCUGCUAACCGCUAAUGUGGCAAACUUAUGAAUAUAUAUUUGGGGGAAUCCUAUCUUCUAUUAUAUAAAUAGCAGACCCUCAUGGACUGAAUAUUUAUAGUUUUGAUAUUGACUAGCUACAUGAAUUAUAUUAUUUAUAGUGAACAUAGUAGUGUGGUUUCAUCUAAUAAAAUAACAGCUCACAUUUACUAUUUAUUAUGGUCCUGGCACUUGUCUAAAAUGGCAACUUUUCCCAAGUAGGUCAAUCCAUUCCUUGACUGCAAAAUCAGCUUUUUAGUACUCUUGGUAUAGGGCAUGCGUGGCCAUUUUAAGAGAUCAGUGAAUCGGCCCACUUAGAGAAGGUUAACCACUAGCUAGAUAGCUGUUACUUUUCCUCGACCAAUUUUGAUUUUCCCCAGAAAGGGAUGUAGAGGGAAAUGAACUUGUGAGUAUAGUUUCUUAUGGCAGAGGAGUGCUGAGUGAUUGUGCCUCUUCCUGGGCUGCCUCCUCCAGCGUGGAAAGCUUGGGAACACUUCGGCGGGCAGCCUGGGAAGCUGGCGGCCGGCUUUUACAUUCUGCUUCAGGCUGCAGUCUGUUUCUAAGCAGAGGCUUUUUUAAAGCUUUGUCAGAUAGGUUAAAAGGUGUCCCACCCCCGGUGUAUAAAAAAGAGAGAGCGAGAUUAAGCUCACUAAGCCUGCCAUGUUCCCUGUAAAAUAUCAAGUCAAAAUGAUUUUGAAAUCCAAAGUUACCAGGCUUAGGGGGUGUGACCUUGAGUGGAAGCAGCCUGGGAACUGGGAAGGAGAGAUCUGUGCAAAAGACAAUUGGCCACAGGCUGGUGGCCUCGGGAAAGCUGCCGAAGCCAAAGUGAAUUGUCUCAUUUCUCUGCCUUGCAGCCAACAGAGCACAACCCCAAAUAAAUACCCAGCCUGACUUCUAGGCCGGUGGAUUCACCACGGAGCUCCAGGCAGCCAACCUUUCUCAGAGUGCCUGCUUAAAGCAAAGCCUGGGUUCAGCUCCAGCAGCUGAUGGGGGUGAAUAAGACAGGGUCUCUGCCCUCAGGAAGCUUAAACUCAGAAGAAUACCACUAAAAAUUAAAAUCCUCAUUGAACCCCUACAAAAGCAUCCAAAUCCUUUUCAUGUAUUAUGAAUGUGUUUAAUCCUAAAUAAUAAUAAUACUAACUAGUACAUAUUAAGUGCCUCUCUGUGCCAAGUACUUUUUAAGUGCUUUAUGUGAAUUAACUGUUACAAUGGUAGGUAUGUUUAUUAUCUCUAAUUUUAAGAAAAGGGUACGUGGAGCCAAAAGAUGUCAAGUAACCUUCCCAGGGGCACAAGGCUGGGAGGCGGGGGAGCUGGGAUUCCCAAGCAGGAAGUUUGGUUCCAGAGCCCAUGCUCUAGGCCAGUGGUUCUGUAAUUUUAGCGUUAGAAUCACCUGUGGGCUUGUGAAACACAGAUUGCAGGCCCUUCCUGAAUGGGCUUGGAUAGUUGCAUUCCUAACAGAUUCUCAGCUGAUGUGGAUGCCCACAGCUCUAUGCCAAGUGGGAAGAGCACAGUGGAAACCAGUCACUAUAAAACAAGGAAAAGUGAAACAUCCUGUUACUGAUGUAAGCAGAGUGCUUUGAGAAUGUCAGUAGUAGCUAAUAAUAAUAUUAUUUAUUAUUAUAAUUAUUAUUGUUAUUAUAACUGUUAUUUAUUGAGUGUUUGUACUGGACACUUUUGUAACCAUGUAACCAUUAUAACUGUUACUGUGGGUAAUCUCAUUUAAUCCACACAACAACCGUAUGAGGUGUUAACUGUAUUUUACAGCUCAGGAAACUGAGGCACAGAGAGUUUACAAACUUGCCUAAAUGACAGGCCAAGGAUUCAAACUACCCCAGCCUAAUUCUGGAGCCUAAGCUUUUAACCAUGAAGAAGAUAGUGAAAAGAGGGGAAUCAAACACCCAUCCAUAGAGCAGGUAGGGUACAAGCCGGGCCCUGAAGGAGGAAGAUGCCCAAAAAAGGCUUCCCAAAUGGAAUGGAUAUGUGCAAAGGCCCAGGGGCAUGAAGGUGCAAAGUGUGAUAGAGAGUGAAUAACAUGGAGACUCGUGUGUAAACUGCAUGGCAAGAAGUGAUGAACCGUAAGGAUGGGAAAGCAGGUUGGUUGAACAGCCUUGAAAAUGAGGAGUCAACAGUAUUCAAGACUGGACUUGGGGAUUUUUGAACCUGUCAGGGACACACUCAGCCUCAAAACUCAUUUUUUGAGACUUCCAAACAGAAUGACAGUCAUACUUUGUUAAAGAUGCAAUGGGGUCAUCUCUUCUCUCCCUUACAUAGUUUGAGAGUCUCAAAAUACGUUCAGAGAAGAGCUGGAUGUCUAAGGUUACUAACCCUGUGACAGUGAAUCACACCCUGCCAGGGGAAGGGUAUUUUGUACACAGCCACAUCAAAAAACCAGUGGGAACAUGUGUGCCCGGCUGUGAGUGUAUCCGUGUAUAAAUCCACUCACUACACUUAGAAAAUGCCUGCCGUGCGUGGCACUGGUGCAAUGGUAUCGUUGGAGCUGCCAACUUGUUUUAUUUCUGGUAGUGCUUGGCAGCCCCUGAAGGAGGGAAAGUAUGAAUUUUUAUCUCCCAUUUACUAGACUUUCAUUAUAUUGUGCUUACAGACACAGUGUCAGCACAUAAAAUGUUAAACAUCACUGGUCUGAAAGAGGCUCCCAUUGUCUUACCUCUGGUGCUGGGGGAAUCUUGCUAGCUUUGCUGUAGUGGUUCUGUCAGUGUAAUAUGACAUGAAGCAUUUCUCAGUAAUGACAGACAUUGAAUAUGAGUGACAGGAACCCUGACCACAAGAAAUGGGUUCAAUUACCAGAAAUGGGUGGGGGGGGGGGUUACCUGAGAUAAAACCAAAGGGCCCAAUUGUGCUUGGUUUUGACCCCUUGACUCCCAGAUCCAGAGCAAAGACAAAUGGCUGAUUAACCAGCCCCUAACCCUCUUUUUCAGUGAUAAACUUGUUUGGAUUUCUCUGUCCGAAAAAAAUCUAUGGGUGGCAUGGUUUCCAAAGGAAAUAUGAUCAGAAACAGGAGGACUGGUGCACGUCAUUUUUGUCUCUUGCAAGCACAAAACUGAAAACUGUCAUUCUAUCUUGGACUGGAUCUAGGACGGUGUCCAGAAAUCAAUACAAGAUAAAUGAUUGCUCUCUUCACCCCACCUUUCUUCUGCUGCAGUGCCUACAUUGCUCCAGUUCACCUGUAGCCAACCUGACGCCAGUGUAAAUGAGAGAUCCUGCCAUCAGAGGCUCUCCUUUUUUUUUCCCCCUCUCCUGCAGGCUGUUCUGCUCUGCAUCGAGUGCAGCUUUGUGCUUGUUUAUAGUCCACUGCUUACAGCCCCCAGAUAGAGUUAUAGCGAGCAGACCAAUUAAACUGUCGCAGGCUGCCCUCACUUGACUAGCUCUGCAGAGUCAUUUAGCCAGCAGACAUUCCUGACUAUUAAAGCUAGUAGCAGCAUGUCUCCAGUGCUGGAGAUAAAAUGAAUGAAAUUUGUUAUUCUGGGCUGACACUUGAUCCUAGCUGUUGAACUAAUGCUGUUGCACCUGAAGUUUUUCUUUAUGGUAAUUGCUGUCUGUGUUAUUAUUUCAUAUACUAAAUUGGAGAAAAUUGCAACAAGUAUUAAAUUCUUUGAGCUAAUUCACGAGAGUUCUAUUGUGCAUUCUUCCAAGGUAGAUCCCAACUUCUGUUGAAGCCUGGGAAGACAGAUGUAGCUAGCCAGAUGCACUGGCUUGUGUUUCAUCAUUAUCAGAGACAUUUCAAUUUCAGGUCUGGCCAGGCAUUUAUCAGCUUUACCUGAAAUCUGUUUUAAAAUACACUUUCGCUUCUAAUUCAGUCAGCAUAUGUUGGGAUCUACCCUGGGGAAUUCAGUUAUGAUGACCAACAUUGACAGUGAUUUGCACUAGUCUGGCUGAUUCAGUGACAGAUACUUGGUGGUAUCAGUAAGUCCCUGGCACAGUAUACACUUAGGUAAGUGGGCAGUGUGAAAUAAGACUUCCCACCGGGCACCUUUGGAAUCCACAGCUCUAACUGGGAGUCCUUGAACACCUCAGGUAGUACCACUUCAAUGAGAACCCAUCAGAACAGGUACAUGCAAGGUACACCGCCUCCCAAAGCAUCCGAAUCACUAGACCUCACUGCCCUGCCCAUCUCCUAAUUUCUGUUAACUCCUUUUACCAGAUGUCUUUCCAGAAUUAGGGAGAUUAUUUUAGACUUUUCAAUAUAAACCAUAUUCAGAGUUUAGUGAAAUCUCUGAGGCCCCUGUUUCUGUGGUUGAUUGCAUAGAAGAUCAUUUCUUUUACAGCAUUCAUUUGUAUGCUUAGCUUGUGGUCAGAGCUCGUGGUGAAGGCUCCAGACAGGACCCAGAAUAAGAAUUCAGGCCUGGUUUGUGGUAGAAGUACUAUGCUUGCUUUCAUGUUAAUGCUUUGGGAAGACACUGACCCCAAUCAUAACGUUACUUUAAUUUCUAUCUGAAGACCACACCUGACAGACAUAGCAGGGCUCUGUCAAUUACAGGGACAUACAUCUCUAGAAUCCCAAGACUUUGUUACCUCCCUACUAGGAAACAGUAGGCAGGUUGUACUCCAUAUUUUGAUUAGAGGCAAAUGUGAGAGGCUUGAACCUCGAAGUACUAGAAGAGAGACAUGGGGUUUUGUUAUUAUGUUUCAUCAUUCUACCCCCAAAUUUAGGGACAGUCCACAGAUAAUGAUGCAUCCUGCAUAAGUGCUUUCUCUCUUGACAUAGACAGACAACUGUAAUUUGAAUGAUAAUGGCUAGCAUUAGUGUCUGUGGUGGAGGAUUUAGAUUGCAAGUUGAAGUCCAUAUAGUUUGUGAGGCCCCAAAUAUACUGAAUGUAUGUUGGUCUGCAUUAUUUCUGAUAUUCAUAACCUUUGUUUAAAUAAGCUCUUUUAACAACUCAAAUCUGCUAAAAUUGAAUUACUGUAAUUUGCAGCAAAGUUCAGCAUGAGAAAUGUAUAUUUUCUUUCCCCACUGAGAAAAUGAAAGAAGCAUUAGUCUUUCAUUUAUAUAUGAGAUGGGUAGAUUAUGUAUAGAGUAUCAAGUAUAGAAGAUUUAUUUUCCCACCCUCAAAUCCAAUAGGAAAAACUGGCAUUUUCAUCAAAACUAAACUAAGACUAAUCUUUGUUCUAUUUUCUGAAAUUGCCAAAUGUACAAGUUUUAGGUAUUUUAAAACAGUAUAUUCACAGGCAAACAUUAACUUGUUCCCAGCGGUCCUUCAGAUGCACAUUCAUUCUUGUCUUUGGUAUUUGAGGAUCCUAAUGAUACCAUAAUAACACAAGUAAAAGUUGCUGUAUAAUAGCUGCAUGUGUGCAUUUCAGACCCAGAACUAAUUCUCCAUGCUUCUGUCUCUGUGUCUCUCAAGCAGGAGUGGUAAGCUCUUCUCUCCAAAUCUUACCUGGACUUAUUUUUCUGUAUAUUUUGUGUUAUUGUUGGGGCCUAGAUUGACCUCUUUUGUGUGGACAGCACAGAGAACAUAGGGAAGACCUCAGCAUGCAAGCUGAUUGACAUCGUUUGGAUCUGUGUCUCUGACCAAAUCUCAUGUCAAAUUGUAAUCCCCAGUGUUGGAGGAGGAGCCUGGUGGGAGGUGUUUGGAUCAUGGGACAGAGUUCUCAUGAAUGGUUUAGCACCAUCCACCCUUGGUACUGUAUAGUGAGUGAGUUCUUGGGAGAUCUGGUUGUUAAAAAGUGUGUACCACCUCUGCCCCGACCCUUGCUCCUGAUCUGGCCACGUGACGUGCCUGCUUCCCCUUUGCCUUCCACCAUUGUAAGUUUCCUGAGACCUCCCCAGAAGCUGAGUGGAUGCCAGCAUCAUGCAUCCUGUACAGCCUGCAGAACCAUGAGCUAAUUAAACCUCUUUUCUUUAUAAAUUAUCCAGUCUCAGGUAUUUCUUUGUAGCAGUGCAAGAAUGAACUAAUACUACAAGAGCUUCUUUGGAAGCUGGUGAUUUUAACAGUAUAGAGUUGGCUCUCCAUAUCUGUGGGUUUUCACAUCCGUGGAUUCAACCAACUGGGAUUCAAAAAUAUUCAGGAAAAAAAAUGGAUGGUGUGUCUGUACUGAACAUGUACAGACAUUUUUUCUUGUCAUUAUUUCCUAAACAACACAGUAUAACAACUAUUAACAUAACAUUUACUUUGCAUUACCAAUUAUAAGUAAUCUAAAGAUGGUUUAAAGUACAUAGGAGGAUGUGUGUAGGUUAUAUGCAAAUAUUAUGCCAUUUUAUGGAAGGAACUUGAGCAUCUAUGGAUUUUGGUGUCUGAGGAAGGUCCUGGAAGGAAUCCCCCACAGAUACAAAAGGAUAACUGAUUUAAAAUAAUGGUCAGGGCCAGGCAUGGUGGCUCACACCUGUAAUCCCAGCAUUUUGGGCGGCCGAGGCGGUUGGAUCACCUGAGGUCAGGAGUUCAAGACCAGCCUGGCCAACAUGGUGAAAGCCCAUCUGUAUUAAAAUACAAAAAGUUAGCUGGGCAUGGUGGCGGGCACGUGUAAUCCCAGCUACUCGGGGGACUGAGGCAGGAGAAUUGCUUGAAUCUGGGAGGCAGAGGUUGCAGUGAGCCGAGAUUGCGCCAUUGCACUCCAGCCUGGGCAAUAAAAGCGAAACUCCAUCUCAAAAAAUAAAUAAACAAAAUAAAAUAAAGGUCAGAAUUUGGAAGAUUCUUGAAAUGUGAGCAUAGUAGAGAGGAUGACUGAGUUUGGGGCUGUCACGAGGCCAAGUUAAAGGAAAAUAAAGACCCUUCUCCUUGAUACUAAGAAUGGAAACAUCUAUAUGUAUAUAGACAGUUCACUAAAGUAAAAAGAGUCUUAAGAUGGCAAAUAUUAGGGCUGGGCACUGUGGCUCACACCUGUAAUCCCAGCACUUUGGGAGGCCGAGGCAGGUGGAUCACGAUGUCAGGGGAUCAAGACCAUCCUGGCUAAAAUGUUGAAACCUCGUCUCUACUAAAAAUACAAAAAAUUAGCCGGGCGUGGUGGCGGGUGCCUGUAGUCCCAGCUACUUGGGAGGCUGAGGCAGGAGAAUGGCAUGAACCCAGGAGGCGGAGCUUGCAGUGAGCCAAGAUCACACCACUGCACUCCAGCCUGGGUGACAGAGCGAUACUCUGCCUCCAAAAAAAAAAAAAAAAAAGAUGGUAAAUAUUUGGAUGAGGUGAGAGUGGUGCAUAAAGAAGGACUCCUGCUCCUGAAAGUUUCUUCUGGAAAUCUUGAAAUACAGUAAUUCCUUUCCUCUUUCAUAUGCUUACAUUUAGAGAGCAUCAGACCUUCGCCUUAAGCACCUUGCUGCAUUCAUUGCAACGUUUCACUUGUUCAUUGAGGUAGAAUACCCUCACUUUACCUGUGAAGAAACUGGGCCUCUGAAAGCUUAAGUAAUGAUUCCUACUUACCAUUUGUUAAGAAAUUUUGGAAGAUGGGUGUUGAACCUGGGGUCUGUUGCUUCUAAAGCCCCUUCACCAGUUUUGAGCGGCCAGAACUUUGUGUCUUUGAAAUUAAUUGCACUUAUCUUAGAAAGUAGAAGAACUUCCAGCAGGAAAUGUGCAGACUGCUUAAAAUCCUGGUAGUUGUUCCUGGUAAUGGUGCCAACCCAGUGCUGGGCUUUUGGUCACUAAAGCCAAAACUAAACCCAGCCAGGAUAUAAACCAAUGUAUUUUAUUUAUUUUUAUUUUUUUAUUGAGACGGAGUCUCACUCUGUCUCCCAGGCUGGAGUGCAGUAGCACGAUCUUAGCUCACUGCAACCUCCGCCUCCCAGGUUCAAGUGAUUCUCCUGCCUCAGCCUC